UGUCGCACAGCGUGCUGGGGAGCACUGGGGAGCUGGGGACAGGCACGGUGGAGGAGGGAGAGUCCCCUGCUGUAGACAGGGACCCUGCAGGGUUUGGGGGCUGCGUGUCCCCCCUGCUCCGUGGGAUGCUGAGUCCUGGGACACCAAGAGGGAAGGAGGUGUCCCCAAGGUGAUGGAGAUGCAGGGAUGCCAUGGGGCUUUGGGAGUCCCUGGGGUGUUGGCACAGGGAUCCCAUAGAGCAGUGAGGGUCCACAGUUGCACAGAGGGAUCCUACAUGGUGCCAGCACUGGUUCCCAUAAGGUUUUGGGGGUCUCUGGGGAAUAGAGACCAUCCCCUAGGACAGUGGGGUCCCUGGGGAGUUGGAUGACCGGGAGCCUGUAGAGCAGGAAGUGUCCCCUCCUGCAGACAGGGACCUCACAGCGUCUGAGAGGAGAGGGAAGGGGCCCUUGGGUGCUGAAGGAGCAGGGAAGCUACAGGGUUGGAGGAGGGUUUCAAGGGUUCUGGGGGGCAAAGAUGCCUUUACAAAUGGAUUGGGAUCCACUGGGUGCUGGAGAGCCAGGGACCCCAACCUGGAAGGUCCCCCGAGAUGCCAGAACCCCUGCACUGUGGGGUGACAGACCCCAAGAAUCCACCAGCAACAAACUGACACUCCAAGGUGGUGGCUAUGGCUGAGGAGAGCACGGCCAUUGACCAUGAGCAGCUCCUGAGGAGGGUGCAGGAGCUGGAAGUGGAGGUGAAGCGGCUGCAGGAGAAGCUCCGGGAGGACAAAGAGGGUGCUGGGAAGAGAGAGGCUCCUGCAGCCCCUGGGAAAGCCAAGAAACGCCAACAACGGCCCUUUGAUUUCGGCGCCCACAGCCACAGACACGUGGCCCUGCGCAUCGCCUACCUGGGCUGGGGCUACCAGGGCUUUGCCAGCCAGGAGAACACCCCCAACACCAUCGAGGAGAAGCUCUUUGAAGCCCUGAAGAAGACGCGGCUGGUGGACGACAGACAGACGUCCAACUACCACCGCUGCGGGCGCACGGACAAGGGUGUCAGUGCCUUCGGGCAGGUGAUCUCCCUGGAUCUCCGCUCCAGCCUGCCAGAGGGGCAGCAGCUCAACGGGCACGAGGGCGAGGGGCAGCAGGAGGAGCUCCGCUACACCCACAUCCUGAACAGGGUGCUGCCGCCCGACAUCCGCGUGCUGGCCUGGGCCCCCGUGGAGCCCGAGUUCAGCGCCCGCUUCAGCUGCCUGAGCCGCACGUACCGCUACUUCUUCCCCUGCGCCCAGCUGGACGUGGCCCUCAUGGACACCGCGGCCCAGCGCUACGUGGGCACGCACGACUUCCGCAACCUCUGCAAGAUGGACGUGGCCAACGGGGUGCUCAACUUCCAGAGGACGAUCCUCAGCGCCGGCGUGACGUGGGUGGACGGGGGAGGAGAAGCCGGGCCACGGGAUCCCUUCCGGCUGUGCCAGUUCGAGGUGACAGGACAGGCGUUCCUGUACCACCAAGUGCGCUGCAUGAUGGCCGUGCUCUUCCUCAUUGGCCAGGGCAUGGAGAGCCCCAAUGUCAUUGACGAGCUGCUGAAUGUGGAGAAGAACCCCCGGAAACCACAGUACAGCAUGGCAGUCGAGUUCCCCCUGGUCCUGUAUAACUGCGAGUUCCCCGACCUGCAGUGGCUCUACGACCCAGAGGUGCAGGGCUUCAACAUGACACACUUGCAGCAGCUCUGGGCCAGCCACGCCGUCAAAACCCACGUGCUCCGGGACAUGUUGGCAGGGCUGGAUGCUGCUCCCGUGGCCAACAGAAAAGGUCCAGGGAGCAGCCUGGUGCCCUGGGGUGAGCUGCAGCCCCCACUCCACAGCCAGAUCAGCGGCUUCGUGGAAGGGGUCCAAGCCCGCACCUACAAGCCGCUGCUGGCCCGGCCCAGAUGCGAGGGGCUGGAGGCCCGGAUCGAGCACUUCGUGCGGAGGGGCCGCAUCGAGCCGCCCCAGGGGCCGGGGGACUGGGCCGGGGAGCCCCCCGAGGGCAAGCGGGGCAGCAGUGGAGCCCCCGAGCAGCUGCCCAAGAGGAUCUGUAUGGACACCGAGUGACAGGACACCUCGGCAUGGGGGGCAGCUGAGCCUCCAACUUUUUUUUACAUUACUGUUAUUGAAAAAAAAUCGUUUUUUCAAUGCUAUUUUUAUAAAUCUCAAGAAAACCGG